AUGGCGUAUUCCGACGAUGCCGUCAAGGCAAAGCUGGCAGCUCUCAACGAGACGCAGGAUAGCAUUGUGACAGUCGCGCAGUGGAUAAUGUUUCAUCGCCGACAUGCCAACCGCACUGCAGAUCUGUGGAAAGGCCGUCUGCAAGAGUCGUCGAGCGCCAGUAAGCGACUGACUCUCCUCUAUCUUGCAAAUGAAGUCGUGCAGCAGUCACGCGCACGCCAGAAGCAGGACUUCCUCCUCGCAUUCGAACCACUUAUCGCAGACGCGACGGCGCAAGCCUACAAGGGAGCCAGCCAAGACAUUCAAGCCAAGAUCAGACGAGUGGUGGAAGUAUGGCGAGCACGGAAUAUCUUCGACCAGCGCAUUCAGGAGCAGACAGAGAGCAAGCUUGACGAGCUCGACAAGACCAAAAGCACCAGCAAGCUCGGGGGACUGGGUGGUGGCAGGCUAGGUGGCAGCUUGUUUGGAGGGGGUGGCAGUGGAGUUGCGUCGGAGCUUGAAGGAGUCAACAAGAGCCAAAUCGCGCUCACCAAGGCAGAUGCAGCGAGCAGAGGACCACUCACUUACGCCAAUGCCGAGUGGGCCAAGAUCAAUGAUCCAAAUACGCCUGUGCCUAGUGCUCCAGUGCGAGCUGCCAAACUGCGAGGCUUGGUGAAAACGCUCAUGGCUGCGCAUAAUGCAGUCGACGCGGGCAUUAAGGCGAGGCAAGAAGUCCUUGCCGGUCUAGAGAAGCUAGUAGAGAGCCAUCGCGCUAAGAUCGCAGAAGAGGAAACGACAGCACGAGAUCUGAGGUCGAAGAUCGAUACUAUGGAGGGCACCAUUAGGGAGGUUGAGGACAGUAUCAUGCGAGGUGCAGACUCUCCUACGAAUGGCAAUGGCACAGGCUACGGCCCACCAGAGCCGCAGCGUCCAGAGAUGGAACGCUUCACACCGCCACCUCCAGACGUCGAGGCUCUCACACCACCUGCGCAGGAUAUCGACGCAACCAUUGGCGACAUCGCGCCUCUUGACAAGGGCUUCAGCAAUCCCACGGGCGCAGAUCCAGUGCAGGAACAGCUGCCCAACCUCAAUGAACCUCCACCAUCGUUUGUGCCUCCGCCCGCCUUGCCGAAUGACGACUCCAUUUCGGCAGCAACGACCGCAAAACAGCUUCUCGAGACCCUGAGUUCUGCGCAAGGCCUCACUCGAUCACCUUCAGGAGAGCUUCCAGCGGGUAAUCCCGCUGACCCACGGCUGAAGCGUCGCAAAUUAAGCCAUAAGUCCAGUAACGAUGUCGACGAUGAGAUCUUCGGUAGCGGAGGUGUGGAUGAGGAUAGCAUCAGCGCGAUGCUGGGACAGUAGCAUAGGAAAUGCCUUCCUUCGGCCUCGGGAUGAUUCAGCAAGCGACGAGUGCGCUCACAUAUUGCUUCUGCUGUAAGAAUGUAUCAUAACACAUCAUC